UGCCAAGGAGCGUUAACUUGUCGCGAAAUAAUAACGGAUACAUUCUAGCAAUCAUUCAUUAAUUAAAAGAGAAUGAGAAAAGUAGUGCUUUAGGAGUAAGAGAAAGCUGCUGACACAAAGAAAAAACUAUAAGAUAUUGUGAAAUAUUAAUUUAAUAGCAGUAAAGAAAAUAAAUAUAAAUAAAAAAUAUACUAAAUCAACACGAAUUGCAACGAGACGAUAGUGAAAAUCAAAUUUAGCAAAUUUAUAAGAAAAAGGCUUUUUAUGUGCAAAAAUCAGCAGCAAAACUGAAAGCCAACAUAUAGAAAUUAUUUAGUUAUAAAACACGAACAGAAUGGAUGAGGACCACGACGACGACGUAAUAUGAAAUCAGAUGGGGCUGUAAAGCCCCACCAUAAAGCAUACGUCUCCACUGCUGUCGGCAGUCGUAGUAAAGACGCUGAGAUAAACAAAACAAGCAAAUGCUAAUGAAUGAAUGAAUGUGAGGAAAACUCAACGUUCGUGUCGACAAUUGUUAUCGCUUCAAAUACUCACUGUUGCUGCCGCUGUUAUCACAACUGCCGCUUCUGCUGAUGCUUUCGUGAAUGCCGUGUUCUCGUCGAUGCUGUCGCCAAAGUUGUCAUUGCUGAUUAACAAGAGUCGUUAUUUUCGCACUGCGACUAUGCCAGGAGAGUAUUAGCAAAGGGAAAUCGAAUAAGGCAAUAACUGAAUAGUAAAAGCAACAAAAACAACUAUAUUAACAACUUCAAACAAAAAAAAAAAAAAAAAAAACACGAAAAAGAAAAAAAAACGAACACAAAUAAAAACGAUGCACGCAAUUGUUGAGCGAUCGAAACAAUCGCAACGCUAAAAAAAAAUCGCGAAAAGAUAAACAUUAUAGCAGAAAUAUUAAAAAAGUGUAGUUUAUAAAAUUCGUCAUCAAAGUAAAAACGAAUAUUCAACGUACUCUACUAAAGCUUUAACACAAAAUAACGAAAACACCGAUUUUAAGGAUAACCGUCGUAAAACUAUAAAAUGGCCAGCCACGUCAAUACCAAAGGAAUGAAUCUGAUGAUUUCGAGUAGUUCACCACUAAGCAACCGCGAUGACGGCGCUAAACAGGCUGAUGAUUUGUCCAUGACCGGCAAAUACAGCAGCAACAGCAGCCAGCCAGCAAAGCCCACUAACAACCGUGACGCAUUCCUAGCAUUGCCAUUUCUAACGUUUUUCUGGCUAACAGUUUGUGGUUUUGCAACAUCUUUACUCAAUAUUCAAUCGUUUGCUGCAAAAAUGUUACGCAUACAAGAAUCGCUAGUAAUGUGUGGCAUCGGCACCGCUGGCAAUGGCAAUAAUAACAAUCAGCAAAGUGUAAAGUCAACUGUGGGCUCACCAUUAGUGCCAUCAUGCGGUUUGUGGCAGCAUGUGCCAGUGCGAAAAUCAUCGCCACAAUUACCGCCAACACUCACGGCUACAGCAGCCACUUCGUUGGUUGCAAGUAGCUUGUGCUCAACUAGAUCAGACUCGGCGUCGAUUUCUGUCCUGCAGCCGCGUCUCUCUUUCACACUUUCCUCUUUGUUGUACGUCACUUGCAUACUCUUUCUAUUGCCGACAGUGCACAGCGAUGAUGGCGAUAAUUUCUUCUUGGUGAACACUUUUAGUAUGAGUCCGGAAACUACAACGCCACAAUUUGAUUAUGCCAGUCGGGGACAAAAGAAAUUUGGUGAUAAAUGUGAGAAUACAUUGGAGUGCGGAUUUCCCGGUUCCAUAUGUGAUGCAAAAAAGAAAUCCUGUCAAUGUACCGAAGAUUUGCCGGUGACAAAUCAUAUUGACAAAUGUGGAAAAGAGGCAGCCGUUAACGAGACCUGUUUCUUCAACGAACAAUGCGAGGUAAAACAUUAUCAGACGGAAUGUCGUGAUGGCCGCUGCGCUUGUCGUUACGAAAUGACGCCGUUUUGGGGAAAAGAUGGUACCGUCGAGUGCAAGGGUCGUGGCGAUAAACGUGGACCGGAAACCUAUAUUGAUCCAGCAAUGAUUGGCGUGCUUGUCGGCAUGGCAUUGAUGUUUAUUAUAAUUUGUGUCGUUCUACGUUUGUUUAGCCAGGCACGUUGGCGUGAAAACCGGACAAUUUUCAACACACCCAAUCCACGUCUCAUGAACGUAUCGCUUUUGCGUGAUAGCAAACUCUUGCACGGCCAGGAGCGACGCGGCUCGCGUAUGUCGGUGCGAGCACCGUCGCGCCAGCCGAGCAUGGCUUCGCUACGUCCGCAUUCGCCGAAUCCGUCGUUAGGUAAGACAGAUCACAAAUCAGGUCGUAUGACGCGUUCCAAAAGCAAUACCAGAUCGAGUGAUUCCCGUGUUAGCGACGUAUCGAAUUGUUCGCGUCUGCUCGAGCACACGCACACAAAUAUGCACGCACCACACACAUUUGCGCCGUACACACCGGCACCGACGCCAACAACACACAUAACGAAUUUGCAAUCAUCACCACAAUCGCAACAGCCACCAACAACAGCGGCAACAAUGGCCAAUGCCAGCUCGGAUACCGACAUGGAGGCGGCCAUGUGCAUGACAACGCCGCCAGCGGUCGCCAUUAAGGCGAAUAAAUUCUGAAUGAAGAAAAAUCUCCAAAUUGCUUACUCUAUUAAUAACAUGCAUACAUACAUACAUACAAUACAUACAUAUGUGCAUACAAUAUGAUCACAAUAGGAGGCGCCGCCGCCGCCAGCCAUUAGCUGUUCUCGGGUAUCCUAAUUGACAAGAGCCAACCAAACAACCAACCAACCAACCAACCAACCGACCGCCAAUCAAUACAGAUGUGCAUGUGGUGCUGCGUCUACCCAGAGAACAUACACACGUGGUCACAUUCGGGGAGCGCCAGCGCGAGCAACGCAUCAGCCACGUCUAUACGUUCGACGCGUAGUAACUCCGUGGCGCCAGGAAAUGUGGCUAAUACCGG